AUGAGAGAGGUUUUCUGUCGACAGUACCGGGGCAGCAGCGGGGUUCGUGUGUCUGCUUUCACAUUACCCACUCGCUACGUAAGGCGGGGCACGGAGCCCCCGCCGCCUGCUGCGCGCCUAGUGCCUACACCCGCUUUUUACUCCUUCCUGCCGGCCAAAACCGUCCGAACGGACCGCAGGGGCGGACGGCGCACUCAGCGCUUCCUCGGCCGACGUGACCCAAUUUCCCCCGACCCAGCGCCGGUUAGUUUCCACGCUGGCGGCUACAAAUACUUUUGCGUUAGUUCCGUUUCGCCCGAUACCGCUGUUAUC